UCCAGUGGAUCGCAGUCUUUCGACGAAUGUUCAGCAAUUCUAUCUGAGGUUAGUCUCGCAAUACAAACAACUAAAUGUCGCGCGUGUAACGAAAAUAAAUUUCGCUGUGUUGCCGCGACUUUUUCGUUGGAGCUUCGAGUUCGUUGUCGUGGCUCCGUUGAAUCGUGAUUUUUACGGAUUAUUUCCAUUUUUUGGAGCGGAAAAGCUUGGAGAAUUUUGACUCGAACUUUGUCGCCAAAUACCUUGAGACAGCAGAAGAAGGAAACCGCGAGGGAAGCAGCAGCAUCAUGUCGCACUCAGUGACGAUUCGCACGGCCACGGUCACCACAAAUGCUUCGCCGAUUUUCGUUAACACCACUUUCCUGAAAACUUACAGUGGGAUUUUGAAGGUCCUCGAAUUGAUUCUCGGGAUCGUCUGCGUCGGUAUAAUUGGCCAUGAUUUCGACAACGAAUAUAGAUCCUACAAUGUUCAAAAUCAGUUUUUCUUUCUCAUCACAACAACGUUCAUGAUAGCUACGUUUUUAUUACUUCUAAGUUGCAUGGUAUCGCUGUCGACCGAAUCGAUCAUAUCGAAAACGAUUUACGAAGUUGUUUAUCACGCAGCAGCUUUUGGUCUCCUCCUCGCAGCCUCGUUGACUCUCCUCAUCAAAGUUAACAAUUAUCGUCGGAGCAGUUACAAUUACGAAAGUUUGCUGGGGGCGAGUAUCUGUGGAUUGGUCAAUUCUGCCUUCUAUUUCAUCAGCACCAUCUUCGCUCUUCGCUCAUAUCGAGGACUUUAAAUUACUUCCGGUACACUUUCAAAAAAACCGACAAUUUUUCGAUAUCCGAACGCCACUACGAAUUUUCAUGAAAUUUUGUCGUUUCGUAAAAACCUUCGUUUUUCGAAUGAAUUACACUCGACACUUGCUUAAAUAUCGAUUAGAUUUUUUAUUGCAACAUCAAAGAGACUGGCCUCAAUCAAACUUUCAUGCGAUAUUGUCGUAGAAGGGAACACUUGUGGGGAGCACACUGAACUUAAAAAAUUGAUCGUGAGAAAAACAUGAAAAUUUCUACUUCUAUAAAGUCGUAAAACGUCUGAAUUGAUGGUCAAAUAGUGCCUUGCAGAACUCAAUGCGAGUCUGUUCAGUCAUUUCGUGCCAUUGUUUUUCUUUAUUUAUAAAUAUUGAAAAAGUCUGUAAUUUUUUUAAUCCAGCAGAGAUUUUGGUGUUUUAUUUUUAUCGUAAGAAUAUCGAUUCCACGAUUUUUUACAGAGUUCUACAAUACUGAAGACCUUUUGGAAAAAUAUAUUUCCGUAAUAUUUACACUUUCAAGAUAAGCCGACGAAUCAUCAUUGAAUUUUUGCAUCGAUCAGGAUUUUAUACAAUUUCAUAUAAGCCCAAAACGAUUGCUUAAUUCCUGAAAGAAUUUUCGAAAUGUUUUCAAAUUUUUAUUCUGGCAUGACGCACAAACGGAUGUAACGAAGUGACGAAUUCAUUGAUCUCCUCAAACAGUAAACUUAAGCACGAAUUCAAAACCACAUAGAAAAAUAUUUCUACGUUUUUUUAAAACAAAUUCAACGAAAUAUUUUGCUAAACAUUAACAUUUACAAAACCGGAGCUUCGUGUGCCUCUAGAUAUUUAUGGGCAACAUGCUUUUGAAUAUUUAUAUUUAUUGUACAUGUAUUUUAAUAUUUAUACACAGCAAAUAAAAAAAAUAGAUUAUUUGUAUUGGAAAA